UGAAAUCAUGAAGGUAGCCAUUCUCCUGUUGUGUCUGGCUGCUGGAAGUCAAGCCAAUUUUUUCGAUGACCUAAAGAAUGCCUUCACAAAUGUUGGACACGCCCUAACAAACACAGUCCAUGCUGUUGGAGAUCAGGCCAAAGUUGUUGGACAGAACCUUCUCACUGCAGCAAAAGAACAAGGCUCACAGCUUGCUUCACAAGCUCUUCAAAGUUUGUUGAUGGGAACCAUGAAUGCUCUCAGUAAUCCUGGUGGAACAGACACAUCUGGUACAAAAAGAUCUCUGUCUGAACUCCUUCAGCAGUCAAAGCCUUUGACUGAUGCCGCCAAGCAGAUUGUAGAGGAGAAGAUGGACAAACUGAAAGGUGUCUACACAGAGGCUGUGGACAAGCUCAAAACUCUCUCCUCUAAACUGACCGAUCUUCCUGCUUCUGAAAUCAUUAACAAAGUUGACCAGGUCGUGGUUGCCCACCACAUUGUUGCUGAUAAUAUCCAAACGGAACUCGUAACUGAACUGACCGAACUAUUCGGAAAGGUCCUAGCUUUACACCCAGGAAAUAAGAGAAGCACCUUCACAGAUGCCCUUGCUACAGUUGGACAAGGUCUCGCCAACUUCUUCCAGCCCCAUGUCCAAGCAGUUCAACAGCUGGUAAGUGGGGUAGGUGAAUCACUGAAGCAGACAGCCACUGCAUUCCACACAAGUCUAACGACAGGUGCUCACGGUGAUGCCGUUCAUCAGUCUGUUUCCGCUCUGGCACAACAUGGACAAAAUGCACUUAAUGCUCUAAAGGACGCAGUUUCCGAUGUCCUUCAACAAACUCUGACCAACAUGCAGCCACACCUUGUUAACCUUCUCAAUCACGGUUCCCAGGCUCUUCAAGAAACCCUCGCCAAACCAAACCCAGGUACAACAUCCGAGUAGAUGGAUUAAAUAUUGACUUGACUGGUGUAAUAAAAAAAAUAAGAAAA